CAGGUGAGCUCCCAGCUACAUGCCCUAGGACCCCAUGCCGGGGCGGGUCUUUCCCACCUGUGCGGACAGCCAGAUCGGAGCCAGGCCUGCACAAGCGCCCAGAGCUUAGAGGCUUCAGGACAGCCCUGUGCUUACAUCAAGCUCCGUGUCCCCCUGAGGUUUGUGAUUAUCUCCUGCGAGGAAUGGGCGUGGUCUGCUUUGUAAGAUACGUUGGCAUGAAGCAUCAGGAAAUACGUCAUAUUGUCAUAGCUGUAAUAUUACAGGAAUUGCAGCUUUUGAACGCUUCUCCCUGUGGCUGUGGACCUGGAGCCUUUAUAAAGUGAGCCAGUGCAGCCUCCUGUCCAGUCGCAGCUGCGAAGCCGGCCAGCCAUGAGGCUCUACUACCUUCUCUUGGCAGUGCUCUUCUUGUUCUUGCUGCCUGUUUCAGGCACUGGAGGAAUCAUAAAUAUACUACAAAGGUAUUAUUGCAGAAUAAGAGGCGGCCGGUGUGCUCUGUUUGGCUGCCUUCCAUGGGAGAUACCCUCAGGCCGUUGUUCCAGCAGUGGUCGAAAAUGCUGCCAAAAGAAAUGAAAAAUCCAGAAGCACAAUGAGAAUGUUGCCAAGUGUGAAAAUGUUCCCUCGAAGUCUAUAGAAGCCAAAACAAAUUAAAGAUUUUUCACAAAAAAAUUAGAAGGUGGA